AUGUCAUCACAGUAUUCCACGAGAGAUCCAAGCCAUGCGACGGCCAUCAGUGAUAGUGUCUCCGCUGAUGCGAACAGUAUGGAGUCCCCGGUGGAGUCUCCAGGUGGCGUAAACCUUUGGCGAGCACCCAAUCGCCAUGCUUUGAAGCCGAUCGCCUAUGAGACUAUGGUGUCUGGUGCUGCUCCCCGAUUCCCACUUGUCUACAGGUGA